UACAGGUCUUGUGGGUUUUGUUUUGGGUGUUAAGAUUGAACCAUUGCCAUUACAAAAUGUUAGCUGGAACUGCAAAUGCAACACUUCAAAGUGUUUUUUCCCUUCUCUUAUGUGGACAAGUGCAUUUGUUGUGGCUAAGAGGAAAAGUUUGUUUCAAUCUUUUAUGCUCCUGAUGGGCAAGGUGCUGAUUGGUUUUUGGCUGCAGAAAUUCUUUAGAGGUCGACGAUCAAUGGCCAUUGAGCGCUCGAAGGUGCGGCAUGAUUUCUGUGAAACCUAUGGGAAUAAUUGCCAGAAUGUCGAUAGACAUUGCUUUGAGCCAGGCUCAAGUUUCCUCCGGCAGUUUCUGUUUUUUUUCAAGGCACAAAACUCGGGAGAUUUUUUGAUACUUGUGGAGACUUGUCGUCUACUGCAGAGUUUCGUUGACAGCAGUGGUGACAUUGUCAGCCUUUUUUCUGGCUUGGACUAUUCCUUUAAGCAUAAUUUGGUGGAUUUUAGAGUAAAGAAACUUGCAUUUACCUGUAUCGAAGCUAUACACCAGAAUAGGAACCGUUUAAGGGAUCAGCUCUUAGUUACUCCUGAAGAAGCUAGCAUUUCAACAGCUAUCUUGAUGGAGGCAGUGUCGUUGUUGCUAGAUCCUAAGCUGCCUUGGGUCUGCAAAAUAGUUAGUUAUCUACAUAAAGAGAACGUAUUCAAACUGGUCCGAGAAAUGGUCACUACGGCUAAGGAAAGCUCAAGAG